GUGGUGGCGCCCGUCUGGACAUGGCAGCUGGUCCCCACCCUCACCUGAAGAGGGCGCUCCCUUCUCUCCUGAACAGCUGCCCAGCACACAACUCUCCGAAGCAGGAUGUCAUGAAUCUGGAAAGAUCACCUAAAAAGACCAAUGGGAAGCAAUUCCACGAUAACCAUCUUCAUAUACAAGAAGACCAAGAGAAGGCCAUCCAACAGAUCCAGUUGGGGCAGCUUUGUUUCCCAGCUACUACCAGACCCCAGGCUGGCCGCCUUCGGUGCCCAUGUUUGAAGUCUGUGCCCCGAGAGUUGCCAGAGUCCCCGCGCCAAGCCGAGCCCCGGGAGGGCCUCCUGUGGUCUCCUCCGCGGUCCCGCGUCUACCUGAUUAUAAGGUUGCAAAAUGAGUUGACCAAAUGUGGAAUCUUGAAGAACAUGAGCGACUAUGAAGAUUUUUGGAAGUUGAUUGGGGAGGAAGCUCAUGGAACAGAUAUCAAAGAACAGCUCCAGAAGAUAAAAAUUAAAAUGUUGGAUCCUAGAUACUGGCCUCUGGUGGCUCCUAGGAGAAGGGAAACCAGGUCAUUUGUCAGCACUGAUCAGGACAACAGGCCCUUCCUGGGGAAAAGGAUCCAGACAUCUCUGGAACCAGUACCCUCUCUGUCUCAAACACAAGAAGAAUUUCAGCGGCCACCUCCCAGGGACUUUCUUUCUCAACUUAUGGAGUGGAGGGAGAGGUGCCAACAGCGAGAGACUGCAGGAAAACCACCGUGCGGACAGGGGGAGAACAAGAUCAUUUGUAAAACGAACAAGAAGGAUUCCCGAAGUAGGAUAUAUCUUAGAUGCUUGCAUCAGAUGUAUUCUACCUCCCUUGCUAACAUGGAAUUCUCCAGAAGGCUGCUGGAAAAGGACGGCCGCUUCGCAGAUGUGCACAUGGAGGGCAGAACUGGAGGUCUGGUGGAUUACAUGGUUCCAGAUGAACACAGAGAGCAGGAAGAAGCCCUGCCCAGGAAGACAGACACAGGAGACCCACUGCCUGCCAGUCACCAGCCUCAGGCACAGCUUGCCCUUACCUUCUUGAAAUGCUGGAGCUCAGGACGUGCCUGGAGAGAUGCCCUCCCCAAAAGAGGAGGACAACAAGUGGCCCUGCACGGCAUGCUUAAACUUCCCAAGUACUUGAGUGAACCUGAUCCUCCCAGGAUGACUACAGCUCCUGACAUCCCUAAACCCCUGACCUUGGAGCACAUGACCCUGACCCAUCGUGUUGUGGAGGCUAAGACGGGAAGCCAAUACUGGAUUAACUAUGUGGAUAAAUAAUGAAGCUGUAGAAUCAUGACCAAAUAGGAAGGAUGAAGAAAUGUUGACACUCUCAAACAGAUGAGGAGCUGCUAACUUUUAAAAAAAUUCAAAGUCAUGAUAAACAAUGAUGAUGCUAUCAAGUGAAUCAAUAGAUAAUUAAUUACUUGAAUAAGAUCUUCCUUAUAAGUGUGAAAACUUUAUUUUGUAACCUAGAACCAUGAACAAGACCAGUAGAAACAGGUGUCAGCAAGACUCACAGCAUAGCCAGAUAAUGGAGAUUAUAGGUACAGAAGAUUCAAUAAGCAAGAUUAACAUGGCUAAAUAAACUCAAAAGGAAGUUUUAAAUCAUGAAUAGAGAAUAGGAGCCUUGGCAAGUGAAUUGAGAGUGUUGGAAAAAGAAUGAAAUAGAAACUGUAGAUUGGAAAAAUAUAAUAUGUGAAAAUAAAUACUCAACGAGUGGGUUGAAAGUAAAGUAGGGAUAGCUGAAGAAAGAAUCUGUGAAUUAGAUCUGAAAAAGUGACUUGAAGGCCAGCAUGAAGAAGCAAAGUGAGGGGGCUGGGACACAUGAAAGCCACAGUGGAAUGUCCACCAAGAGUGAAAUCACAGUUCCAGCAGCAGUAAUGGAGAGGAUGGGGAAGAGGAAAAUAAUUUUCUGACUUGAUGAAAGACACCAAUUCUCAGUUUUAGGGAGACCAAAGAAUCAGUAAUAUAAUGAGUUCAAAGAAUAGCACCAAAUAUGAAGUGAAGUUCCUCAAACCAGAGAGAAGAGACAGAGCACUUGUGAAGAAACAAUACCCAGAAAUACAGAUAUCACCACAGUAGGAGCCAUGAGCAGUUCCCAGAGAAUAAAUGCAAAACCUAAGCAACUCUACAACUGUUAAAUAACUCAAAUCCAAAAUUAAAAACCUGCCCACAAAGAAAAUUCUAGGCCCAUAUGGUUCCACUGGCAACUUCUUCAAAUACUUAAGGAAGAAAUAAUGUCAUGAUUUAUACAUAAACUCUCUCAGAAAAUAGGAAAAAAGGCCAUGUUCUGCAAUAUUUUUUUGUGAAGGCAGCAUAAAGUCAAUAUCAAAACCAGAGCAAGGACGUUUAUUACAGUGAAGAACAACACAGGGUAGUCUCACUCAGAAACAGUUGCAAAAUUCUUAACAAAAGAAUUAGCAAAGUAAACCUAGCAAUAGGUUCAUUUCAGUAACUUCUGCUCAGAGCCAAAAUAAUAGCAAAUUAUGAAGAGGAGGGGAAUUCUUCAAUCUGGUAAUAUACUUAAAUACA